UUGCAGGAUACAGUGCCACCUUCACGGCUACGUGAUCACGAGUACUUCAAGUCACAUGCAGCAAAUUUCGCCAUUGUACUAAAUUUGACCCUGGGUUACCAACAUGUCGCUCUAAGAAAUCGAGGAUUUCAAUCAUUAUUCUGGGACAUAUUCACCGAUUGUUUCGAACGAAAUCGGCCGAUGACAUUUCGCCGAGAAGCCGAAAAAGAGGCAUGGAGUCGUAUGAUCCUGUUCAUACUAGCACAGAUGAAGAUUGGCUAUCAUCGUGGAUUAAACGACAGUAAAAUAGGACGACAAAGUGUGCCAAUGAUCUUUUGA